UAAACAAAGUUGCAUUUAUUUGAGGAAAAAAGAGAGAAAAUAAUUCGUGAAAAUAGCUAACCUCUAAUAAUAAAUGUGUACAUGUACUGUUAUUAAUUUUUAGCAAUUUGUAUAAUUUUGAUAAUUGAAAUGGCAGAAGAAGAAAAUCUUAAAGAGUACCGUUGGGAGACUGGUUACGAGAAAACUUGGGAAGCAAUAAAAGAGGAUGAUCAUGGAAGUUUUGAAGCUUCAGUUGCGGAUAUUAUUCAUAAAGCCAAGAGGAAACGUCAAUUGGAAAAAACUGGAGGUGCUAGACUGGGGAUGAUGAGACAUCUUUAUAUCAUUCUGGAUGUCUCUGAAUCAAUAACAUCACAAGACCUCAAACCUACUAGGCUAUUUUGCACUGUUAAACUUCUUGAAGAAUUUAUUGAUGAAUUCUUUUAUCAAAAUCCAAUUAGUCAGUUGGGAAUAAUUGUUACAAAGAAUAAAAGAGCUGAAAAGCUCAGUGAAUUAUCUGGAAACGCCAAAAAACAUAUCAAAGAAGUAAAAUCUUUGUUAAAUUCAACUUCUCUCACAGGAGAGCCGUCAUUACAAAACUCUCUCGAGCUAGCACUGAAGUCAUUAAAAAAUCUUCCAUCUCAUGCUAGUCGUGAAAUCUUAGUGAUUAUGGCAUCAUUAACAACAUGUGAUCCAGGUGAUAUUUAUGAUACAAUUCAGACGUUAAAGUCAGAAAGUGUAAGAUGUAGUGUCAUUGGACUCUCAGCAGAACUACACGUUUGUAAAAAAAUGGCUACACUAACUGGAGGUGAACAUGCAGUUGUACUAGAUGACAAACAUUAUCGAAAUCAAUUAAAGAUUCACGUAGAUCCACCACCAGCAGCAACACGACUUGACGCUGCAUUAGUCAAAAUGGGAUUCCCUCAUCAUGCUUUAAGCUCUAGAGCUGACAUAUCUAUGAGUCUUUGCAUGUGCCAUGCUGACAGCACUGAUGAUUUUACCAAGCUAUCAAGUAAUGGUUACCUUUGUCCUCAGUGUCUUAGUAAACAUUGUGAGCUACCAGUUGAAUGUAAAUCAUGUGGACUUACUCUUGUCUCUGCUCCUCAUUUAGCAAGGUCUUACCAUUAUCUCUUCCCAGUGAACCACUUUAAAGAAAUGCCUCAUGACAAUUCAGUAAAGUCGUUUUGUUACGGUUGUCAAAAAUCUUUUUCAGAUAUGGAUAAAAAGGUUUAUGUAUGUGAAAAGUGUACGCAAACAUUUUGCAUUGAUUGUGAGAUUUUUAUUCAUGAGUCCUUACAUACAUGCCCUGGUUGUGCCACAAGUACUGCAUCAUUUCACAAGCCGAUGGAGAAUAGUAACACCUAGUAGUAGUGAAAC